UGGGGAAUAAGCUGAACAAUAACAAAUCCAGCUACAACUACCUCGGCCGGGACGAUGUUAAUAUAGCGCGGGAGUCCGGCGGGGGGAUGCCUCUUUUGUCGGCUGUAGAUGACGAAGCGGGGGCGGAGGAAGUGGAGGACGGCGUCGUGAAAAUGGUUCCGCUGUUGAGCAGUCCAAAAGUUCUUGCGGCUGGCAGUGAUAGUGGAGAUGGGAAGAUGAACACUGGCACUUCUUCUGCAGCUGCUUCUGGUGCGCAAACUGAUGCUAGUUUUGGUGGAGCAGGCAACUCAACGGUUACUAUGCCACAACCCCCGACCGGAGCUGGUGGCUCCUCCGCUGCAAGCGGGACGAGCAUUGGCGGGAGUAGUGGGACCGCAGCAGCGGUAGCAGGAUCAUCGGCAUCUUCAAGUGCCGGAGCUACCAAUGCGGUCGUCGGAGAUCAACAACAAGCAACCUCGAACAGCGAGCCAGUAGACGGCGGAGUUCCGGAGGCCCUGCAGGGGUCGUCUUUCAUUGCGGGCAAGGAGCAGAUGAGUGGAGAAAAUCAGCACCAGGCGGACUCUAGUACUGCUGCAACAGACCAGGAACAAGCUGGUGCAGGAGCAUUGAGUCAAGACGGCGGGGUAGCAUUAAAUGCAGACAACAUAACUCUCGAUCCCGACGGGACCAACAGUACUUCUAGUCCGAACAAGAAGAAAAAGAACGGGAAUAAAAACAACAAAAACAACCCGCUCGAAGUAGAGGAAGAGGACCGGUUCAUUUACCUCGGUUUUGUGCAG